CUGACACACCACAAAACAUCGGGCAGCAUGUCGUACGGGUCCAUAGACAGAGGCUCCUUUGGCAGCCGGAACCCAUUUGGAGGCCCUACGAGUCAGGGCUACCAGCCAGUAGCCACACAGGUCAGCCCAUCAGAACUACAAGACGUGUUCCAGGAAACAGCUUCCAAUAUCUUCCAGAUCAACGCCAACGUUGUCACCCUAGAGAAAAAUCUUCAAUCACUGGGGACGUCUAAAGACACUUCAGAGCUGCGACAAAGUCUACACACCACUCAGCAGCAAACCAACAAAGUCAUCACCAGUACGAGCCAUCUCAUCAAACAGCUCUCUGAUAUAAUCAGCGGCUCUUCACGGCAAGACCGUCUUCGCCUGACCAGACUGAAGACUGAACUGUCUGAUUCUGUGCAGCGUUACGGAGAUCUGCAGAAGGUAGCAGAAAAUCAUUACUUUGUUUGA